AUGACCAAGAAGAGGGCCUUCACUCGUGCUCACCACCUCUCCGAGGAGAACCUGAAGCACAACAACAAGGUGGAGGAUGACCUUCUCAAGCGCACCGCUCGAUCCGAGGAGCACCUUCGACUUGAUCGCCUCAACCUCUCCUGCGAUGACCUCAAGAGAGGUGCCAAGGCUGAUAAGGGUGAGAAGUCUAAGAAGGUUGUCAAGGCUGGCAAGACCAAGACUCCCAAGUCUUCCAAGAAGAAGGCCAAGGAUGAGACUCCCCAGAGCACUGUCGACGCCCUCGCUUCUGGUGGUCAGAACAACCUCGUUCCUCAGGGCAUGAUGCCACUGCCUUAUAUGUCCAUGGUCCCUCCCUACCACCAAGCCUUCGCAUACCCAGGAGCACCCGGCGCGCAGAUGAUGCAGCCGCAGGGAAUGAUGCAUCCUAUGAUGCAGGCACAGAUGGCCAACGCCCAGGCCAUGCAGUCUCAUAUGAUGGCGUCUCAGAUGAUGUCUACUCACAUGGCGCACCCUCAACUGAUGCCUCAGAUGAUGCCUCAGGGAAUGACUCCUGGAUUCGGCUACAUGCCAGCUGCCUACCCUCAACAGGCACAGUACCAGAAUGGCUACGCCGCCAACAUGGUGUACACUGGCAACCCGACAUACCCAUACGUUCUCGUCGAGUCGCCUACCCGCCAGGCCCAUGUCACCGAGCAGGAUGACAUCUAUGAGGACGACCAGAACGAGGAGUCUGAGGAAGAGACUUCUGAGGAGCAGACCGAGGAGGAGGCUUCUACCACUGGGUACGAGGACUCUGCGUUCUCGGACUAA